AUGAGAUUGCACGCUCUUAUGCGCGUAUUGUGCAUAUACUAUAUAAACAAAAGCUCACAGAGCACACCUGAACUUCGACCUCUAAGAAAGGUGUGCAAACAUUGUACGCACAUGUAUACAUAAUUCAUGUGCAAAAUACGUGUGCAGUACAGCAGUCUCAAGAGUGACAGUACACCUGUACUACAACAGACUAUUAAACCACUUCCUAUUCUAAAGUUCAUUUUGCCAAAUUUCCUUCGAGAUUGCACAUCGUGUCCACCAUUUGCGAUUGCACAGAUACAGGAUGAAGUUAUUUCUGGUGGCUACUUAUUGCCUGGCUAUCCUUGCGAGCGCCAGUGAAGGCAGGAAAUAUGACGAUCCAGAAGAACUUCUCAAUGUUUGCAUGGACGGAAUAAAUCAUAAGAAAGCACCAAGUGUUGAAGAGCUUUAUGGUCAGUGUAAGCCUUGGGCUAGCAACGCCUGUUGUACAUACAACACCACGAAAGAGUUCCAAACAAAUCCCACCUGGUAUGAUAUGGACUGGAACCACUGCAAAAUCCCACUUAGUCAGAGCUGCAAAAAACAUUUCAUGCAAGACCUGUGUUUUUAUGAGUGUGAAGCAAAUCUUGGACCAUGGCUAAAAAAUGUGUCAAUGAAUAUCAGAAAUGAGAAAUUUAUAGACGUGCCGCUAUGUCGCAGUGAAUGUGACAACUGGUGGAAUGACUGCAUGCAUGACUGGACGUGCCUGGAUGAUUGGAGCACAGGCUUCGACUGGUCUUCUGGACAAAAUGAAUGCCCUAAAGGUGCAGAAUGUAGAAAGAUCCUGGAACUGUUUGGCGAUUCAGUGACAUUCUGUGAGCAGAUAUGGGGUUCCUCCUACAAAGUGGUUGAUGACAAACAGCCCUGCAUGAAGAUAUAUUUUAAUGCAAGCGAAGGCAACCCAAAUUCAGAAGUCACAGAGUGGAAGGUCGAACAGAUGAGCUCUACUAUGCAAACAAGAGCACUGCUCUCUUCUACUCUACUGAUUACCUUAUUGGCAGAGAUGCUUCAGCAACAGUGAUCACCAAAUAGCGAUCUCCCAUCAAAUCGUUAUCUGGAUACAUCCAUCAGAAUUAAAUGCAAUCAGUAGUGAAUCCAGAAAAUAGAGAUUGGCAAUGUAGGUGCUUUCGAUAUAUGCAGAUAAACAUUAUCAUAUAAACGUAAUCAAGGAAAGGCAAGACUGUUAUAAAAUGCUACAGAAGAGCCCAUGUAUAGUAUAGACAUGCGCACCAAUUAGAAGCAGAAAAAAAUUCGAUUGAUGCUGUAAAUUAAUAAGAGAAUUCUUGUUUUUCUUCUUAUUAUUAUAAACACAAUUGAUUGCAUGUGAUGUCCUUUAUAGAAAACAAACUAUAUUAUAGUCUUAUUGAGAUAAUAUAUCUAUAAUCUAAUAAUAAUAAUAGAUAUAUUAUUAUUCACUCCUGGUCUUAUUAAAGGAACAAGUAAAAGCAUAUCCACUUGGUUAAUAUCCUUUCAUAUAAAUAAAACGUGAAGACAAUUGCAUAUAUGUAUAAUGUGAUAAAUAUAGUUCUGCCAAAAUGACAAUUUACACUUUUAAACAGCACUAAAAUGAAGCAAUAAACUUAUUAUAAUGGCACAACUUCAGGGCUCUUAAUUCGACAAUUUCUUACCAGCAUAUUGUGACAUUAGGCAUACAGUGCAAAUGAUAUAUAGAGUGUGAAUGUGACCCGUGGAAUCUAUAAAAUUAAAAACGAUUAAACAACA